AGGAUCCAGACAGAGAGCAACAAGGUCCAGGUGUUCUUCCACAGUGAUAACUCUGGAGAGAACAUCGGCUGGAGGCUCUCCUACACCUCCUCAGGUUAGCCACACCAAAUAUUCAUAUGUCAUUGUGUACACUUUUCCCAAAAUGUAACUUUUUCAACUCUGUUGAAUGUCUUAAUUUGUGUUCGGUACAUUAUUUUUGCUAACUAGAGCCAUAGAGGGUUUUUCGGCUUGUCCCCAAUUCUGGUUUUAAUCCUCUCCUUCUAAUCAGGAACUAAUUCAGACCUGGGACACCAGGUGAGUGCAAUUAACUACCAGGUAAAAACAAAAACCAGAAGUGGUAUUCUGCUCUCCAUGACCGGAAUUGGGCAGCCCUGCCAUAGAGGAACCCUUUAUCGUUCUAGCCUAGAUAGAACCCUCUGGAAUGGGUUUCACCUAGAAUCCUCUAUGAAAUGUCCUCCUAGUUACCGGAACCCUUUGCAACCCUAAUGCAGACACUUCAUUGAUGGUAUUGGUCUAGCCACCCCAACAAAACAUGUGAAAAUUAACACAGACACAAUACAAGUAGAAUACAACAACAAUUGAAAUGAUAAAACGGGAAUAACUCAAAUAAUUAAUGAAGUCAGUUGUAAGCAAAAAAAUGGUUUCCUGGUCUAAUCAUCUAGCCUAUAUCCUGUUUGUUUUUCAGGAAGGAGUCAGUGUCCUGUCCCUGUGAAGCCCCUCUAUGGCCAGCUGGAUCCGGUCCAGAUCCAGUACUCCUUCAAAGACCACGUCCUGGUAUCCUGUGACCCAGGAUACAGACUGAUAAGGGUGAGACUGACAGACAGGUUGGGACCAUACACUCUUGUUAAAGUCUUAUUCUCCACUGUAACAAUACUCUUUAUUUAUAUGAAGAGAUGAUCAUCUGGCACCCGCCCAGUCGCCAUGGUGAGAAAAGGUAUACUCUUAAAGAUGUCAGUCUGCAUGUUUGACAUAAACAUUGAAGUCGGACUACGCAGAAUCACUGAUCAAUGACUUACUUUGCAUCCAAAAUAAACUCAUUAUGUGAUCAAAAUGAGCGAUUCUGUGUUUCCGCCUUGCUCAAACUGAUUCCCUCAAAGAAAGUCUCUAUCUUCUACUUCCUCCUAUGUCAUCUCUAUCUUCUACUUCCUCCUGCUUAAGCCCAAAAUGACAUGGUGUUAUUUUAUCUUCCAGCGGCUGCCUCUGGUCUUCUGUAGAAAGGGAUCCGUUGCCACCUAGUGGCUAUCUAAUAUACACUAUUCCAGGGCUCUCCAACCCUGUUCCUGGAGUGCUACCGUCCUGUAGGUUUUCACUCCAACCCUAAUCUAGUAUAUCAGAUUAUAAUCAUUAGCUGCUUGAUCAACUGAAUCAGGUUAGUUACAACUGGGGAUGGAGCGAAAACCUACAGGAGGGUAGCUCUCCAGGAACAGGUUUGGAGACAAUUAUUAAUAGAUACACAAGAUGACGGCCAGGGGGUGAUGUGUUGAAGCCACCGUGCCUCCAUCCUGGCACUCCCCCAAUAUUGUGAAAAAUAUUUUGGAAGGUAUAGAAAUGCAUUUAUUAAUGUCUACAUUUGUUUUUGCCACAUUUAUUCUAUUGCAGACACCUUAAUGCAUCCUUAAAGUAUACGUUUUUUGCGAUUACUAAUGUUACUAUCCCCAUUACAACAACAGAAAUAUAUAAAUAUAUGUAAUCUUGUCCUUGAAACAUUUAAUUGAAAUACUGUAGAAUUCCAUUCAUUCCUAUGGAGGACUGCUCAUAGUGCGGGCAGUGGCAAUAUUUUAAUUAUUUUUCGGUACCUUUUAAUUUAAAAGGGAAGACCUAUUGAUACAUAGCCUAGGUCUCUUUUACCAAUGCACCCUGUAUAAUACACAUAUGAAGGAGUACUGGUCUUUGAAGGAGUACUGGAUCUGGACCGGAUCCAGCUGGCCAUAGAGGGGCUUCACAGGGACAGGACACUGACUCCUUCCUGAAAAACAAACAGGAUAUAGGCUAGAUGAUUAGACCAGGAAACCAUUUUUUUGCUUACAACUGACUUCAUUAAUUAUCACAUAUAUAUAUAUAUAUAUAUAUAUAUAUAUAUAUAUAUAUAUAUAUAUAUAUAUACACGUGUAUAUAUAAUAUACAGUACCAGUCAAACAUUUUGACACAUCUACUCAUUCCAGGGUUUUUCUUAAUUUUUACUAUUUUCUACAUUUAGCAGACGCUCUUAUCCAGAGCGACUUACAGUUAGUGAGUGAAUACAUUUUAUUUUAAAAAAAUUCAUACUGGCCCCCCGUGGGAAUCAAACCCACAACCCUGGUGUUGCAAGCGCCAUGCUCUACCAACUGAGCUACACGGGACUUCUACAUUGUAGAAUAAUAGUGAAGACAUCAAAACUAUGAAAUAACACAUAUGGAAUCAUGUAGUAACCAAAAAAGUGUUAAACAAAUCAAAAUAUAUUUUAGAUUCUUCAAAGUAGCCACCCUUUGCCUUGAUGACAGCUUUGCACACUCUUGGCAUUCGCUCAACCAGCUCCUCUGAACAGUUAAUGUUGAGAUGUGUCUGUUACUUGAACUCUGUGAAGCAUUUAUUUGGGGUGCAAUUUCUGAGGCUGGUAACUCUAAUGAACUUAUUCUCUGCAGCAGAGGUAACUCUGGGUCUUCCAUUCCUGUGGCGGUCCUCAUGAGAGCCAGUUUAACCAUAGCGCUUGAUGGUUUUUGCGACUGCACUUGAAGAAAGUUCUUGAAAUUGUCCAUAUUGACUGACAUUCAUGUCUUAAAGUAAUGAUGGACUGUUUCUCUUUGAUUAUUUGAGCUGUUCUUGCCAUAAUAUGGACUUGGUCUUUUACCAAAUAGGGCUAUCUUCUGUUUACCCCCCCCUACCUUGUCACAACACAACUGAUUGGCUCAAACCCAUUAAGAAGGAAAGAAAUUCCACAAAUUAAGUUAAGAAGGCACACCUGUUAAUUGAAAUGCAUUCCAGGUGACUACCUCAUGACUACCUCCAAACCUUUGACUAGUACUGUACAUACAGUGCAUUCGGAAAGUAUUCAGACCCCUUCCCUUUUUCCACAUUUUGUUACGUUACCCUCAUCAAUCUACACACAAUACCCCAUAAUGACAAAGCAAAAACAGGUUUUUAUAAGUUUUUGCAAAUUUAUUUAAAAAAUGAAAUACCUUAUUUACAUAAAUAUUUAGACCCUUUGCUAUGAAACUCGAAAUUAAGCUCAGGUGUAUCUUGUUUCCAUUGAUCAUCCUCGAGAUGUUUCUUCAACUUGAUUGGAGUCCACCUGUGGUAAAUUCAAUUGAUUGGACAUGAUUUGGAAAGGUGCAUGCAUGUCAGAGCAAAAACCAAGCCAAGAGGUCGAUUGUCCGUAGAGCUCCGAGACAGCAUUGUGUCGGUUCACAGAUCUGGGGAAGGGUACCAACACAUUUCUGCAGCAUUGAAGGUAUCCAAGAACACAGUGGCCUCCAUCAUACUUAAAUGGAAGAAGUUUGGAACCACCAAGACUCUUCCUAGAGCAGGCCGCCCGGCCAAACUGAGCAAUCGGGUGAGAAGGGCCUUGGUCAGGGAGGUGACCAAGAACUCGAUGGUCACUCUGACAGAGCUCCAGAGUUCCUCUGUGGAGGUGGGAGAACCUUCCACAAGGACAACCAUCUCUGCAGCACUCCACCAAUCAGGUCUUUAUGGUAGCGUGGCCAGACGGAUGCCACUCUUCAGUAAAUGGCACAUAACAGUCGCUUGGAGUUUGCCAAAAGGCACCUAAAGGACUCUCAGGCCAUGAGAAACAAGAUUCUCUGAUCUGAUAAAACCAAGAUUGAACUCUUUGGCCUGAAUGCCAAACGUCACGUCUGGAGGAAACCUGGCACCAUUCCUAUGGUAAAGAAUGGUGGUGGCAGCAUCAUGCUGUGUGGAUGUUUUUUAGCGGCAGGGACUGGGAGACUAGUCAGCAUCGAGGGAAAGAUGAACGGAGCAAAGCACAGAGAGAUCCUUGAUGAAAACCUGCUCCAGAGUGCUCAGGACCUCAGACGGGGAAGGUUCACUUUCCAACAGGACAACGACCCUAAGCACACAGCCAAGACAAUGCAGGAUUGGCUUCGGGAUAAGUCUCUGAAUGUCCUUGAGUGGCCCAGCCAGAGCCCAGACUUGAACCUGAUCUCUGGAGAGACCUGAAAAUAGAUGUGCAGCGACGCUCCCCAUCCAACCUAACAGAGCUUGAGAGAAUCUGCAGAGAAGAAUGUGAGAAACUCCCUAAGUACAGGUGGGCCAAGCUUGUAGCGUAAUACCCAAGAAUACUUAAACAUUUGCAAAAACGUCUAAAAACCAGUUUUUGCUUUUUCAUUAUAGGGUAUUGCGUGUAUAUUGAUGAGGGAAAAUAAACUAUUUAAUCUAAUUCUGAAUAAGGCUGUAACGUAACACAAUGUGGAAAAAGUCAAGGGGUCUAAAUACUUUCCGAAUGGACUGCGUGUGUGUGUAUAUAUAUAUAUAUAUAUAUAUAUAUAUAUAUAUAUAUAUAUAUAUAUAUAUAUAUAUAUAUAUAUAUAUAUAUAUAUAAAUAUAAAUACAGUGAGGGAAAAAAGUAUUUGAUCCCCUGCUGAUUUUGUAUGUUUGCCCACUGACAAAGAAAUGAUCAUUCUAUAAUUUUAAUGGUAGGUUUAUUUGAACAGCGAGAGACAGAAUAACAACAAGAAAAUCCAGAGAAAUGCAUGUAAAAAAUGUUAUAAAUUGAUUUGCAUUUUAAUGAGGGAAAUAAGUAUUUGACCCUCUCUCAAUCAGAAAGAUUUCUGGCUCCCAGGUGUCUUUUAUACAGGUAACGAGCUGAGAUUAGGAGCACACUCUUAAAGGGAGUGCUCCUAAUCUCAGUUUGUUACCUGUAUAAAAGACACCUGUCCACAGAAGCAAUCAAUCAAUACGAUUCCAAAUUCCAAGACCAAAGAGCUCUCCAAGGAUGUCAAAGACAAGAUUGUAGAUCUACACAAGGCUGGAAUGGGCUACAAGACCAUCGCCAAGCAGCUUCGUGAGAAGGUGACAAUAGUUGGUGCGAUUAUUCGCAAAUGGAAGAAACACGAAAUAACUGUCAAUCUCCCUCUGCCUGGGACUCCAUGCAAGAUCUCACCUCGUGGAGUUGCAAUGAUCAUGAGAACGGUGAGGAAUCAGCCCAGAACUACACAGGAGGAUCUUGUCAAUGAUCUCAAGGCAGCUGGGACCGUAGUCACCAAGAAAACAAUUGGUAACACACCAUGCCGUGAAGGACUGAAAUCCUGCAGCGCCCGCAAGGUCCCCCUGCUCAAGAAAGCACAUAUACAGGCCCGUCUGAAGUUUGCCAAUGUACAUCUGAAUGAUUCAGAGGAGAACUGGGUGAAAGUGUUGUGGUCAGAUGAGACCAAAAUGGAGCUCUUUGGCAUCAACUCAACUCGCCGUGUUUGGAGGAGGAGGACCCCAAGAACACCAUCCCCACCGUCAAACAUGGAGGUGGAAACAUUAUACUUUGGGGGUGUUUUUCUGCUAAGGGGAAGGACAACUUCACCGCAUCAAAGGGACGAUGGACGGGGCCAUGUACCGUCAAAUCUUGGGUGAGAACCUCCUUCCCUCAGCCAGGGCAUUGGAAAUGGGUCGUGGAUGGGUAUUCCAGCAUGACAAUGACCCAAAACACACGGCCAAGGCAACAAAGGAGUGGCUCAAUUAGAAGCACAUUAAGGUCCUGGAGUGGCCUAGCCAGUCUCCAGACCUUAAUCCCAUAGAAAAUCUGUGGAGGGAGCUGAAGGUUCGAGUUGCCAAACGUCAGCCUCGAAACCUUAAUGACUUGGAGAAGAUCUGCAAAGAGGAGUGGGACAAAAUCCCUCCUGAGAUGUGUGCAAACCUGGUGGCCAACUGCAAGAAACAUCUGACCUCUGUGAUUGCCAACAAGGGUUUUGCCACCAAGUACUAAGUAAUGUUUUGCAGAGGGGUCAAAUACUUAUUUCCCUCAUUUUUGACAUGUGUUUUUCUGGAUUUUUUUGUUGUUAUUCUGUCUCUCACUGUUCAAAUAAACCUACAAUUAAAAUUAUAGACUGAUCAUGUCUUUGUCAGUGGGCAAACGUACAAAAUCAGCAGGGGUCAAAUACUUUUUUCCCUCACUGUAAAUGUGUGUGUGUGUGUGUGUGUGUGUGUGUGUGUGUGUGUGUGUGUGUGUGUGUGUAUACAGUGGGGGAAAAAAGUAUUUAGUCAGCCACCAAUUGUGCAAGUUCUCCCACUUAAAAAGAUGAGAGAGGCCUGUAAUUUUCAUAAUAGGUACACAUCAACUAUGACAGACAAAUUGAGAAAAAAAUAUCCAGAAAAUCACAUUGUAGGAUUUUUUAUGAAUUCAUUUGCAAAUUAUGGUGGAAAAUAAGUAUUUGGUCACCUACAAACAAGCAAGACUUCUUCUUUAAGAGGCUCCUCUGUCCUCCACUCGUUACCUGUAUUAAUGGCACCUGUUUGAACUUGUUAUCAGUAUAAAAGACACCUGUCCACAACCUCAAACAGUCACACUCCAAACUCCACUAUGGCCAAGACCAAAGAGCUGUCAAAGGACACCAGAAACAAAAUUGUAGACCUGCACCAGGCUGGGAAGACUGAAUCUGCAAUAGGUAAGCAGCUUGGUUUGAAGAAAUCAACUGUGGGAGCAAUUAUUAGGAAAUGGAAGACAUACAAGACCACUGAUAAUCUCCCUCGAUCUGGGGCUCCACGCAAGAUCUCACCCCGUGGGGUCAAAAUGAUCACAAGAACGGUGAGCAAAAAUCCCAGAACCACACGGGGGGACCUAGUGAAUGAGCUGCAGAGAGCUGGGACCAAAGUAACAAAGCCUACCAUCAGUAACACACUACGCCGCCAGGGACUCAAAUCCUGCAGUGCCAGACGUGUCCCCCUGCUUAAGCCAGUACAUAUCCAGGCCCGUCUGAAGUUUGCUAGAGUGCAUUUGGAUGAUCCAGAAGAGGAUUGGGAGAAUGUCGUAUGGUCAGAUGAAACCAAAAUAGAACUUUUUGGUAAAAACCCAACUCGUCGUGUUUGGAGGACAAAGAAUGCUGAGUUACAUCCAAAGAACACCAUACCUACUGUGAAGCAUGAGGGUGGAAACAUCAUGCUUUGGGGCUGUUUUUCUGCAAAGGGACCAGGACGACUGAUCCGUGUAAAGGAAAGAAUGAGUGGUGCCAUGUAUCGUGAGAUUUUGAGUGAAAACCUCCUUCCAUCAGCAAGGGCAUGGAAGAUGAAACGUGGCUGGGUCUUUCAGCAUGACAAUGAUCCCAAACACACCGCCCAGGCAACGAAGGAGUGGCUUCGUAAGAAGCAUUUCAAGGUCCUGGAGUGGCCUAGCCAGUCUCCAGAUCUCAACCCCAUAGAAAAUAUUUGGAGGGAGUUGAAAGUACGUGUUGCCCAGCGACAGCCCCAAAACAUCACUGCUCUAGAGGAGAUCUGCAUGGAGGAAUGGGCAAAAAUACCAGCAACAGUGUGUGAAAACCUUGUGAAGACUUACAGAAAACGUUUGACCUGUGUCAUUGCCAACAAAGGGUAUAUAACAAAGUAUUGAGAAACUUUUGUUGUUGACCAAAUACUUAUUUUCCACCAUAAUUUGCAAAUAAAUUCAUUAAAAAUCCUACAAUGUGAUUUUCUGGAUUUCUUUUUCUCAUUUUGUCUGUCAUAGUUGACGUGUACCUAUGAUGAAAUUUACAGGCCUCUCUCAUCUUUUUAAGUGGGAGAACUUGCACAAUUGGUGGCUGACUAAAUACUUUUUUCCCCCACUGUAUAUGUAUAUACACUACCGUUCAAACGUUUGGGGUCACUUAGAAAUGUCCUUGUUUUCGAAAGAAAUGAAAUUUUUUUGUCCAUUAAAAUAACAUAAAGUUGAUCAGAAAUACAGUGUUGACAUUGUUAAUGUUGUAAAUGGCUAUUGUAGCUGGAAACGGCAGAUUUUUUAUGGAAUAACUACAUAGGCGUACAGAGGCCCAUUAUCAGCAACCAUCAGUCCUGUGUUCCAAUGGCACGUUGUGUUUGCUAAUCCAAGUUUAUCAUUUUAAAAGGCUAAUUUAUCAUUAGAAAUCCCUUUUGCAAUUAUUGUUAGCACAGAUGAAAACUGUUGUGCUGAUUUAAAGAAGCAAUAAAACUGGUCUUCUUGAGACUAGUUGAGUAUCUGGAGCAUCAGCAAUUGUGGGUUCGAUUACAGGCUCAAAAUGGCCAGAAACAAAUAACUUUCUUCUGAAACUUGUCAGUCUAUUCUUGUUCUGAGAAAUGAAGGCUAUUCCAUGCGAGAAAUUGCCAAGAAACUGAAGAUCUCGUACAACGCUGUGUACUACUCCCUUCACAGAACAGCACAAACUGGCUCUAACCAGAAUAGAAAGAGGAGUGGGAGGCCCCGGUGCACAACUGAGCAAGAGGACAAAUAGUGUGUCUAGUUUGAGAAACAGAUGCCUCACAGGUCCUCAACUGGCAGCUUCAUUAAAUAGUACCCGCAAAACACCAGUCUCAACGUCAUCAGUGAAGAGGCGACUCCGGGAUGCUGACCUUCUAGGCAGAGUUGCAAAGAAAAAGCCAUAUCUCAGACUGGCCAAUAAAAAUAAAAUAUUUAUUUAACAUUGUUAUCAGGAAGUAUUCUAAAAUAAUGGAAAUCACUGUGCUGCCACUCCAUAAGGGCUGGGAUAGUAGUGAUUGUAAUAAUUUUCACCCCAUUUCAAGGCUUCCUUGUCUAGCUAAGAUUCUUGAAACUUAGGUAAAUGUACAACUUUGCUCUUUUUUUAUCUGAGAAAUGUAUUUUGAAUGUAAACCAAUCAGGUUUUAGGCCUGGGCAUAGCACUUUUACAGCUACCACUUUACCUCUUAAUGAUCUUGUCAAUGCUUCAGACACUAAAAUGAAAUGUCCUGCUUUGUUUGUGGACCUGUCAAAAGCUUUUGAUACUGUUGAUCAUGCUAUAUUUAUUGAAUAAGUUGUCCUCGAUAGGCCUGAGCUCUGACGCCUGUUUAUGGUUUCAUGAUUAUCUUAGUGAUAGAACUCAGGCCAUCGUGAUUGAUGGGGUUAGGUCUGAAUGUCUUGAUGUACAUAAAGGUGUACCACGGGUUGAUUUUAGGACCUGUUUUCUUCACUAUUUAUAUAAACGCCAUUGGUCAAUCUGUAAUUUAAAAAAAACUUAAUCUAUAUGCGGGGAUGAUACUAUUAUACAUGCUAUUACCCCGACUGUUGAUCUGGUUGUGUCAAAACUACAGUCAGAUUUUAAAGCUAUGCAGGAAUCCCUUGCUGAUUUAAAACUUUUGCUAAAUACUGGCAAAACUAAAUACAUGUUGUUUUUAAACUCUCGUAAGAAUGUUCACUCAUUAGAUGGUUCUCAAAUCGAACGUGUUCUAGCAUGUAGAUAUUUAGGCAUUUUGAAUUUAUAUGGAUUUGAUGUUUAAAAAACAUGUAGAUGAGCUGGAUAAGAAGCUAUGAUCUGUUUCUGUAGAAAAAUCUAUCUCUAAGCAGUAGGAAGCAGAUUAUUCAGUCAACCUUUUUAUCUGUUCUUGAAUAUGGUGAUAUUAUUUAUCAAAGUGCAGCUGCUACUACUCUUAAACCUUUGGAUGCCAUCUACCAUAGCGCCCUUUGUUUUGAUACAGGUGACAGUUUUGAUACUCAUUACUGCAUCCUGUAUCAAAAGGUUGGUUGGCCUUCGCUAAAGACCUGUAGAUCUCUACAUUACUCCCUUUUUGUUUACAAGGCCCUACUUCAUAAUCUUCCGUCUUAUCUAACUUUGCUAUUGAAGUAUAGACACCUGCGUUGCCUAACCCGUUCACAGGAUUGAGGUUCCUAGGGUCUCCACCGAGCUAGGUAAAUCUGCUUUUAGUUUUAAUGCACCGUAUUGCUCGAACAAAAUUCAAAAUACAUUUCAUCUUGAUGUUCUGGUGCCGUUUGGCAAUUUAAAGUAUUGUUUGGAGACUUAUUUGUGGAGAGAGAGAGCUUUAUUGAAUUGGUCUGGAUAUGUUAAGUCUGCAGUCUGUUGAUUAAUUUAAUGUUUCCUCCCUCUUUUCUCUUUCUUUCUGAAAGGAUGGAGAGGAACUCGAGCACUUUCAGAUCGAGUGUCAGAAAGACGGCUCAUGGAACAGCUCUGUCCCACUUUGUAAAAGUAAGAAGUGAUAAAGCUUGGAUGAGUGUGUGUGUGUGUGUGUGUGUCCGUGCCUGCCUGCCUGCCUGCCUGUCCGCAUUUGUGUGUGUUGUAUGUUGUUGAAUUUGGUUCAGCACAGAUUGGAUUUCAAUCCAAUAUUAAUUUAAUGUUUAAUGAGGCCUCUAUAUCACGUAGGAACUGCCAGGUACUUUCAUUGUAUACUGCCCCUGUGUAUAUAUUUGCAUUGUACAGCACUCUGUCUCCUCUUUCCCUCCCUCCAUAUUCUCCCUCUUUCUCUGCUUCCUCUCUCUCUCCCUCUUUCCCUACUCCUCUCAUCCACCGCCUUCCAGAAAUGGAAUCUCGGAGGAGCCGUCGAUCUCUGCCCAGCAUUCUAAGAAAUCAAAUACUGGACUAGAGCCAUGCAGUGACAUCAUCACAUGGCCAACCAACCAGUGUCUUUAAAUUCAGUGCUUCUCUAGAUUACCAGGUUAUAGCAUUGGCGAGAAGAGCAAUUAUAGAAAGUCAUAAGGAAUCUUUUCCCCUUGUCUCUCUCAUCACACUGUACUGUUGACUAUGGAGUGUGACAUCACAAACUGCAAUAAACUCUGGUACCUGCCUGGAAUCUUUCUGUUUGUGUUUGUUUCACUGUAAUACAAAUUGAAUCGAAGAACCACAGCCUCGAACAUAGAACAUAGAAUGUCAGCGCAGAAAGAGAAGCCAUAUGGAGAAUCCGCGACCUCUAUGUCGACUGAAUUACAGUGAGGUACAGUGCCACAAACAAUGCCUUUUCCCAUUUGCUUAUCUCUCUUCUAUUAGUCAUUUUAUUGGUGAUCAUCAGACUCCCAUCCUUUCAGUAGUCUGUAAUAGUCUGGGUUCUCCCCAAAGAGAGGCACUGCGCCACCUUGUGGACUGGCUGUGAAAAUAGAAAAAGAAAAUGACUGAGCUUUUAAUUUAUCUGACCUUCAUUUAUCAGCCCUUAUAUUUAGCCUCACAAAGUGUUUUACUAUUUUCUUUUCAGGAUAACCAGGGCUACAAGUAGAACACCAAAAAAAUUGAAAUAAACAGUUACAUUCGUUUUUUUUUUUUUUUUUUUUUUUUGUCUGUCAAAGCAAAAACCUGAUAAAAAGUACAGAAAUGGUUUGCUCAUUGGAAAAUUAAUAUCCAACUAGUCAGUGACAACUGUGUGAAGUUUGGAGUUUGUGACAGCAACAAUGUCAGCUUAAUACAGUAUUAUAGACACUAUGUCCUUGGAUUUCCUAUGAUCUAUAUAGAAGAACCCCUUACCUUCUAAUGACUCUUGUGUACCUUGUGAGCGUCAUAGAGCAAAACAUGUUACAUGUGCAUGUUCGUGAGAGUCUCAGCUUUUCAUUAAUAGUUUGUAGCACAAACCAUUUGGACUCUACAGACGUUUUUGUCAAAAUACCCAGCCCCGGGCCCCUUCGGGAUCCGCCCUCGUCUCACAAACACCACUCUAGCUCAGCCCCCGUUAAUCACACAGACUAAUGAUUGGUACCAAUGGAUGCAAAAUAAAUCCAAAUCCAAUGGUAUAAACCAUAAGUCUUUAGCUCAAACACACAAUGUUUAGAGAGGGUUGGAAGUUCAAAUCGCGCCGGCGUCGCGGUGGGACUGAUUGGGUAAAAAAAUAAUUGAGAACCCUGAAUAGUCAUUAAAAAAAAAAAUAGUGGCACAGCGGUCUAAGGAACUGCAUCACAGUGCUUGAGGCGUCACUACAGACCUGGGUUCGAUCCCAGGUUGUGUCGCAGCCGGCCGCGACCAGCAGACCGAUGAGGCGGCGCACAAUUGGCCCUGCGUCGUCCGGGUUAGGGGAGGGUUUGGCCGGCUGGGAUGUCCUUGUCCCAUCGAGCUCUAGCGACUCCUGUGGCAGGGCGGGCGCAUGCACGCUGACACAGUGGCCAGUUGUACGGUGUUUCCUCUGACACGUUGGUGCGGCUGGCUUCUGGGUUAAGCGAGCGGUGUGUCAAGAAGCAGUGCGGCUUGGCAGGGUCGUGUUUCGGAGGACGCAUGGCUCCCAACCUUCGCCUCUCCCAAGUCCGUACAUUUACAUUUUAGUCAUUUAGCAGACGCUCUUAUCCAGAGCGACUUAGAGUUAGUGCAUACAUUAUUUUAUCAAACCCACAACCCUGGCGUUGCAAACGCCAUGCUCUAUCAACUGAGCUAUAUCCCCUGCCGGCCAUUCCCUCCCCUACCCUGGACGACGCUGGGCCAAUUGUGCGCGCCGCCCCAUGGGUCUCCCAGUCGCGGCCGGCUACGACAGAGCCUGGAUUCGAACCAGGAUCUCUAGUGGCACAGCUAGCACUGCGAUGCAGUGCCUUAGACCACUGCGCCACUCGGGAGUCGAUGGGACAAGACUGUAACUACCAAUUGGAUAUUGGGGAGAAAAAGGGAUAAAAUAAAAAUAUCAUUAAUAUUAUCAAGUACAUGGAGUAUAAAUUAUAUCCGCCCAUCCAAUGAUUUUCAUGUGUGUGCCGCUCAUGUCCCAACUUUGCUCUUUAACCCGUGUCCAGUUGUAGAUCCAUUUCUCCAAACCAUACUUACUAAUACUGAUCAAACCUGAUUAAAUAUCAUUAACUCUUUUUCCUCUCCUUCCUCUCUCAGUGGUGGAUUGUGGGACUCCUGGGGAGGUUGCCAUGGGUGAUGUCAUCUUCGAGAGCCCCGGCAACAGCACCCUGUUCGGUUCUAUAAUCCAGUACACCUGCAGGGAGUCCAUGUACCAGAUUCACCCCAAGAUCAACAGUAUGUUCCCGUCAUAGGGCCCAAAGUUUUCUUGACCAUGCGACCUGACCAGGAAAAACUCUGGGCCCUAUAAGAGCUAGGGCCCGGUUUCCAAAAUGUAUCUUAAAGCUAAUUUCAUCGUUAUAACCUUCAUAAGGGCAUCUUUAGGUUUCUGCUUCCGAAAAUCGUCUUUAUUAAUGUUGCACUUGAAAACGCUCUGAAUAUAACGCCUGUCUCAGACCACUCUUAGAACAGCUAGGUGCGUCGUUAGAUCUCAUUGAAUAUGUUUAUCUGUCUCUCUGUGACUUCAUAGUUAAAUAUAAAUAGCCUAAAAAGUUUGCAAUGUUAUAAACAAGGGAAGCAAGGAUACCAUUUUAUUUUUAUGAAAACCGAGAUGCACCAAAUUGUAAAAUGCACCAAAUUAUAUGAUUGCUAGAUUGGUGCUACAUAUUGACAUUACUUUCAUAUGUAUGUGCAAUCGAUAGACCUACCUAGUAUUAAACCAUUGGAUUAGGCUACACUUGAGCCGCUUCAAUAUUCGUGUAUUAGGCCUGUAGGCUACUAUUAAAUGAAAGCUCAUACAUUUCACUGUAGCCUAACCAAUAACCUAAAGGUCAACAUAGAAGGUUGCCAGUUGACUUAUGACGCCUCCUGGUGGCCAUCAAUUAUUUUGACAACUACAGCCGAGUGGCUACCCUAUGCUGCAUGAUAACAGGCCUAAAACUAGUUGAUUCAUCACCACGGUCAAUUUCUAUGCAGUAUUUGGCUGCUCUAACAAAGCAGGAAAGACAACGGGAUUAUUUUUUAUUUUUUACAGAUUACCCGCAAUCAUGAAACAACAAGGAGUUAAGACUAAAGAACUGUCAGAAAAGCAAAGAAACCUUUGUGCCCGUCAAGACCUGAACCCACUGGUAAGUCUGAUUAGAUUUUUGGUUUAGUUUAGCUGUUAUGCUAAACAGGCAUUAAGAACAAGACUAAGUUAGCCAACAUUAGCUAGCUAGAUAACUUGUAGUCUAGCUAUUUGCAUGUCUCUUACAUAGGUGGCGCGUGAGUUUCAAGUUUUUGGUAAUCAAUUUUUUAACCAUAAAAAGGAUUGCAUGCAUCUAUCAUGGCAUUUGCAGACUAAUGUAAGCCUGCUAUUCCUAUUGUGGUGAGUAGAUUGGAUAGUUAUAAUUUAGGCUAUUAAUGAGUGCGUAGUGGCAUAGGCCUAUAGGCUAUAUCAGAGACGUUUCUUAUCUUUGAUAAACAUUUCAUACACUUCUACUACACUUUAUAUGACUGGAGACAUUAGCAGAGUAUUUUAUAAGAUGACGGUAGCCUGGGUCUACUUUGCUGACACUGACAACAGAUCAAUAAAACAACAUUUUCUUGAAUGCAACCAUGCAAUCUAGGCUUAUGAAAAGGGGUCAUGGCUAGAAGGGAUCCAGCUUUUGUCAAAUUAAUGUUAAAAGUAUCAUGUUUUAGCAUUUUAACUGAACAUUUUCCUAACCUUAACCUAAUUCUCUUAACCUGCUGUGUAAUUUCUCGUAAGCUGCUACGAAAAGUCGAAUUUGAAAAGCUGGAUCCUUCUAGCCAUGACCAUGAAAAGAGGAGGCACAAAUUCUACAAUAUGACGUCCAUAUAGCCUGGAGGAGGAUAUUAUUGUCUAAGAAAACUCCAAUGGUACUGACCCAAUGAUCAUUUGUUGAGAACUUUAUUCAUAAGAGGAGGGGAAAUGUAUGGACAUUACAGCAUAGGACAAAGGCCUCAAUGGGAUAGAACCACCUGCUGUGUUGACUAUUAGUUGUUCCAGCAAUAGAUUGAAUAUUUAUAUAACACUAAAACACCUGAAUGAAUUAAACACAACCAAACAAUCAAGAGCCCUGAUGGUCUAGGUGACCUAAUGAAGUUACAAUAAAUUCUAAUAUCAGCUGUGCUUUUCAUUUGUUUAUGUACUGUAGGUUCACCAGCUGACCUCUAUCAAGACACCCAUGUCGACUGGAUUCCCACUGUGAAGAUGAGCAAUGCUGCAGCAGUUUACUACUGUGAAAGAUAUCAAAGGAGACAUCCCUCAGUUACACAAGAUGGUUGUAAUAUGCUGUGCUUUGGUCAAUCUAAAUGAUUCUGUUGUGCCAUUUGAGUACAAAGCACCUUUACAUGGUCGUCAUGACAAAAGUGCCCCCUUAAACUGUAUGAAUAUAUAAAAUGUAAUUUGGAACAACAUGUAAAAGACUAUUGUUUAUGAUAUUGUAAACAUACUGUACUUCAAUAAUAGGCUAUAUUGUUGUAUGGGUGAAAUUAACAUUAUUUUGUGUGUCAUCUCUGCUUUGCCAUUCCCCAUUGAAUAAAAUGUAUUUCUUAUAGCCUAACUAUUCUUUCUUUAUAAUUUAAACACAUUUAACAUAGACAAUGUAAUUGUGCUAGUCUUAGACAAACCAUCUUCAUGAUCACAGUGGCACCUCCAAGUGCCACUGAGACCUUCUGGGAGAAAGGUAUCUGGCAUUGAACUUGGUAGUAGUAGUUGUGUGUAUGUUUUAAAUUAAGGAGCCCAUCAUCUCCUGCUUCCAGACAUUUCACUACCUAGAUUACAAGGGUUUGAUGUCAGCACAAGGCAUGUUCAAAAUCUAGUAUAAUGAUUAGCCUCACAUAUGUUGUCUACUGGUAUCGUUUUUAAAUUGAGAACAUACAGCUCAACACUUUGUGAACAAUGUGUGAGUAAAGGUAUUCUCUGCUUCAGAUGCACAAUGUCAAGGGGUGCAUUGCAAAUGGCCAUAAGGCAAAUGCCAUCAUACUGUAGGUCAGUGGUUCCCAACUCCAGUCCAUGAGUAACCCCAACAGUACACAUUUUUAUUGUAGCCCCAGACAAGCACACCUGAUCUUGUCAACUAAUCAUCAGCCCCUCAAUGAUUUGAAUCAGGUCUGUUUGUCCGGGGCUACAACAAAAAUGUGUGCUGUUGGGGUUACUCAAGGACUGGACUUGGUAACCAGUGCUGUAGGCAUAUGGCUGCAUUGGCGUUGCAUGCCAUUAUCAGCUGCAAAAUGGUUUCACAUGGCUGACAUCCUGAAAAAACGAGUGACAAUCAAAACAACUAAUUGGAGAGUCCAUUUUAGUCCAUACCAGAGGUGGCCAACAUUGCUCCACUGAUCCCUGAUCUGCUGGGUGAGCAGACUUCUAUUCCAGCCCAGCAAUAGCACACUUAAUUAUCAACUAAUUAGGUUUGAUAAAUUGAAUCUGGUGUGUUAGUGCUGGGCUGGAACAGAAGCCCGCACACCCAGCAGGGUUGGCCUGCUCCAGUUGUAAUAGGUUUACACAUUGUGCGUGACUUUAAAACUGUAUAUUUGUUUUUUUUUAAAUAUAUAUAUGCUAACAUAGGUACACAUAUAACUCAUGGUGUACAAGGAUGUACCCUUAUUCUCUUGGGACAUUCAUUGGGACCUCUUCAUCUGCAGACGCAGACAGGGUUUCACAGCUCUCUGUAUCCGAGGACAGAAAACAUCACAAAGACACAGGCUGCUUUAUACUCAAAUUAGACAGCACUGAAUAUUAUGUUGCUGUAUUUAUUUGUCCUCAGUUUUUCUCGUUAGGGACUGGAACUGGAUAAUCUUUUCAUAAUGUCCUCCCACAAAGGUACCUGUCCUAUCCAGAGUAGCCUACUCUCCAUUCUGUGACAGCUGGAACUCUUCCAUGGCUGUUAGCUAGCUACCUAGCUACAAAUGAAUUUCAAGUUACAACAAUAAAUACUAACUAGCUAAUAUUAAGUUAGCUAGCUGGUGAUAUUUAAUUAACUUAGCUAGCUAUACAGUAUGCAAAGCUAGCUAGCAAACAUUACGUUAGCAGCUCAUUUGAGUUAGCCUGAACAUUAAGUUCCUGUAGCUAAUAAUACAUUGUUUUUAAAAAUCAUUAAAACAUUUAUUCUACUUACUUGAAUAGGUUCUCCCACUGCCUCUGUUUUCUGGGUCCUUAGAAAAAUUUAACAAUGGGUAAUCUUCGCGAAGUUUCUGGUGGUAGCAAAAUGCAGCCAGCCAUGUGGACGAUCAGAGGACUUCCACCAGACUGACUCUGGUCUUCCAACAAUACGCCUGGUGUGGUUGCUAGGUGUAAGCCCUCUAUAUUAGGUCUAUGGCAACGUCGCUUAACAUGUUUAAUUAUUUAGCCUCUCUAACAUAAUCCAGGUAGAAUCAGGAAUUCCCCAGGGCAGCUGUCUAGGCCCCUUACUUUUUUCAAUCUUUACUAAUGACAUGCAACUGGGCUUGAGUAAAGCCAGUGUGGCUAUGUAUGCAGAUGACUCAACACUAUACACGUCAGCUACUACAGCAAGUUAAAUCACUGCAACACUUAAUAAAGAGCUGCAGUUAGUUUCAGAAUGGGUGGCAAGUAAUAAGUUAGUCCUAAAUAUUUCAAAAACUAAAAGCAUUGUAUUUGGGGCAAAUCAUUCACUAAACCAUAAACCUCAACUAAAUCUUGUAGUACAUAAUGUGGAAAUUGAGCAAGUUGAGGUAACUAAACUGCUUGGAGUAACCCUGGAUUGUAAACUGUCAUGGUCAAAACAUGUUGAUAAAGUAGUAGUUAAGAUGGGGAGAAGUUUGUCCAUAAAACAGAUAAAAAUACACCUUAUGGAACAGCGGGGACUGUGAAGAGACACACACAUACUCACAUACACAUGAUAAGACACGCGCUCUACACACACCUACACAUGGAUGUUGCAUUGUAGAUAUGUGAUAGUGGAGUAGUGGCCUGAGGGAACAUACUAAAUGGAUUGGGUAAAGUGUUAUGAAAUGUAAUGUCAUGUAAUAUUUGUAACUUUAUAUAACUGCCUUAAUGUUGCUGGACCCCAGGAAGAGUAGUUGCUGCCUUGGUAGCAGCUAAUGGGGAUCCUUAAUAAUUACAAAUACAAAGAAAUUGUAGAAUUUCUGUAGGCCUACUUGAAACUCAAUUCCUGCCUGCCAUUAGGCUACAAUGAUUUGUUGAGCAAUUACGAAAACCAUUAUCAUCAUAUUUGUUUAAUGGCGACUGAGACUUUAUUCGUUCUUGCUCAAAGUCGACACAAACUGAAGAAAUGCAGAAUUUACAUAAUCAAACAUUGCAUACAAAAAGCAUGAGAAAACCCUUAGAAUGCAUAACACAUGGCAAACAUAUAAUGCAAACACUUAAAUAAAUAGCCUACAGAACAUUUAUUCUCUUGAAGGAAAAUGUGUAUUGUGUAAAACAUGGAUUUAAGAUUUACAGUGAGCUCUUUAGUCUACUUCUGGAAUAAUUUUCAGCACAGGACAGCUCCUGUAAUGGCAGAGUCAAGUUUGACUUUGUAACUCGUGCACUGCGUGGUGUUUUGGGAAAUGGGUGUGACAUCUAUGGCUGUUAUUUUUACAAUUCAUCAUUAAAACACUCGUAAGCCUCAAUUCCAUCACUACUGGGAAACCGGGCCCAGAGUUUUUCCCAAUCAAGUCAAGUAGUCAGGAAACAUUCUGGUUUCUUUCAUUUGUUAUGCUGAUUUGAGCACAUGCUGACAUUUUAUAUGCAAAUAUGUCAUUUAUUGACUGUCUGUGCAGCUAUGUACACCUGUGGGGAGAAGGGAGAGUGGACCAACUCAGAACGUGGGACUAAAACUCCUACCUGUUUACCAGGUAAGCUUCACUACUGCAGGCCUAACUGUUGAAUUUUUACAGUAAGAGUGUAUGGAUCCGAUCUGUAGGGAUCCGAAUCCCAGUCUCCUGUUCAGGAAACCACAAUAUUAACUAUUUAAAAAUUAUCUCUUGGACCGAGGGUGCCACUGGUUUUAAGUUGCAGACAGGGCUACCUCAUCACGAGAGCAUGAGUCCAACUCACACUCUGUGUGGCUGUGUCUGUGUGUUUCAGCAUGUGGGGAGCCGUCCCAGUCCUUCCCAGCACUGAUGAAGCGCAUCGUCGGGGGGCGUAGCGCUGUGCCAGGUCUCUUCCCCUGGCAGGUCCUCUUCACCGUGGAAGACAUGUCUCGUGUCCCGGAGGACCGCUGGUUCGGGAGCGGGGCCCUGCUCUCCGAGUCUUGGGUCCUCACCGCCGCUCACGUCCUGCGCUCCCAACGCCGCGGCGACACCGUGGUGCCUGUGGCGCCCGAACACAUCCGCGUCUACCUGGGCCUGCACGAUGUCCGUGCCAAGCAACACGCCACCAACCGCUUGGUGGAACAAGUCAUCCUCCACCCUCACUUCGACCCUCGCAACUACAACAACGACAUCGCCUUGGUCAAGCUGAGUCAGGCGGUGCCCGUGGGGGAGCUGGUGCGGCCCGUCUGCCUGCCCCCUCCCCAGGGAAAAGACAGGCCCCAGAGCCCCCAGCUCAACACCCUGGGCCUGGUGGCCGGCUGGGGCAUCUCCAACCCCAACGCCUCUGUGGCCACCGACACCGCCGCGCUCUCCUCUGACCUGGGCAUGGUGUCGGACGUGCUGCAGUAUGUCAAGCUGCCCGUGGUGGCGCAGGAGGAGUGCAAGGCCAGCUAUGCCUCACGCUCCAUCAACUACAACAUCACUGACAACAUGUUCUGUGCCGGCUUCUACGAGGGCGGGCGCGACACGUGCCUGGGGGACAGCGGGGGGGCGUUCGUGAUGGAGGACCCUGGAAGCGGGCGCUGGGUGGCCCAAGGCCUGGUGUCAUGGGGGGGGCCGGAGGAGUGUGGGAGCCAGAGGGUUUACGGGGUCUACACCCGGGUGGCCAACUACGCCGAUUGGUUGCAGAGCCAACUGGGGACGGGGCCGUGGUGG